CAAUGUUUACAUCUGGUACCCUUUGCCCUAUUGACCUACAGGAGGUCAGGCUCUGUGACGUCACUUAACCUUAGUGAUGUAUUCACGGCCGUAAACUCAGUCGAAUAACCUUCAGUGACUUUGUGAAGGAAGUAUGUACCCUUCAUUGUUGGAGGGUCACAGUGUGAUACAGUAUACAGUGGGGGAGCCACAGUGAACGGCUGUACAGUCUUAGAGGGAACAUGACCGCCACAGCGAGCCGCGGCCGUGUGUAUCAACAAACCCUCGUGCGAGUCGAGUGACCUUGAGACUGUCAGUCAGCUGGCUCAGUGACAGUAGCAAAACUGAGGAUUAUGAAAUCACUAGCGGUGUCAGGUUUGUGGUGAUGUUUCAUUUGAUUUCGUUCUUGAAUGGAAGCUGAUAUAAGAAACAUGUAUUUUCUUACUCUUUCAUACAGUAGUCACAAUGCAUUGUGACAGCGAGGAUGACAUGACUGUCUUUCUUCCGCGUAAUCUUUCCUAUGUGCGGGAUAGCAGUUUGGACGAAUAUAGUGUCAGUUCGGCAUUCGUGCAGAACCCUCGAGAACGCCUAAGAGACUGCAUUGAGUGCAGUGAGUGCAUGCAUCUGUUGGAAGCGAUGGCCGAGGAGGGGGGAGCCGCGAGCAAGCAGGAGAUGCAGGACUAUGGGUCGUCAGUGGACCCGGAGGAGAAACCAGUGACUGAGAGGCAAGCCUCAUUAACAGAGACGGUGGGCUCGGAUACUCCCAGUGAAGAAGGUAUUUUCGUGAAUGUAAUCGAUGAUGAGUUGGAUCAUUUUGCGAGUGCUAUAAAUGGUGGGCACGAGAUCGACGAUCAUUCUGGUGACUCUGUUUACAGUCCCGAUGGCUCUGACCUUGGAGAUACACAGGAAGGUCAUAAAGAGCGACUCGAGGAAGCUGUAAAAACAAUUGCUAACUCAGAUUUUAUUGCUAAACCUGAACUCAAAAUAAAGAUAAACGAUCGACCAUUUCUGGAAACAACAACCGAGGAAGCUUUCCUGAAGUUUGUAUCUUCUAAAAGUCCCGUGUAUGAAGAUAAGGAAUUUAACUUUUCGCGUAGUGAGUUAAGGAAGUCAUCUUCUCUCAAGACUAACAAAACUCCCCCCGGUACACCGAGCAGAAAGAAAGUUGUCCGUUUUGCGGACGCCAUGGGGUUGGAUCUAGAAUGUGUGAGGAACAUUGUCAACGUAGACACCCCGCCCAAAGUGCCCGCGUCUGCCCUGGCGGACCUGCGGGUCGGACUUGAGGAGGACAGACGUGGAAUGGGGAGCAGGUUUCUCACUGCCUGCUUUUCCCAACCAGGGGCGUCAGAAAACUUCAUGAAGAAGGUUCUUGCUCAAAAGGUUAGUUUGGAGAAUGCCGUCAUUACAGGGAUGACAAUUACAGGGGUGAUUCGAGUUGCGAACAUUUCCUUCAACAAAAUGGUGCGUGUGCGUUACAGCACUAACAACUGGGCCACCUUUCACGACAUAGCUGCGUCUUAUGUGCAGAACUCAUGCGACGGACCCACAGAUAGGUUCUCCUUCAGUAUUGUGGCGCCAGCCAAUUUCGACGUGGGAUCCAGGUUAGAGUUCGCCGUGUCCUAUGCUGCCAGCUGUACCGUUUUCUGGGACAACAAUGAGGGAAGGAACUAUGUAUUUGAGUGUUUUGCAAAGACCGUCCCAACAGAGGCAGAGAAUUCUUGGAUGCACUUUUUAGCGGGUGUUGAGCCAGACCCGAGGCCUGAGUCAUCUGUUCAUCUGCAGGUCCCCUCCUGUUGACAACAGAGGCCGCCCUUGCAGUAAGCAGUAACUGUAGACACGAAGAGGAAGAUGCUAACAACAUGAGAUAACGGAGGGUCCGGGCUAGAAGGAUAUACAACUAUAGACAUUAUUGAUUACAUGAACGUUUGAAUGUUUUGUGAUAUACUGAGUCUGCAAGAUAUACCUGGAAGGUAAUUCCUCUUGUGCGAGUGUCAUUCUGUGUAUCCAUUCAAUCUAUAAAUCUAUGUUUGACUGUGAUACUAACGUUCGACUUGGGAUGGUGCGAUCAGGAUGCUAUAUUUUCACUUGGAAUUGUUUUUGUUGCUCUCAGCUGUGAUACAGUGUCUGGUAUGGUUUACAAAGGACUGUUGGACAUGCUUUCCCGUGUGAAACACGUAUCACUGUUCUCGCUAUUAUAUCAUGUGCGUGUGAGGACAUGGCUGCCUAUGUGUCACCACUACUGGAGGAGGAGGAGGAGGUCUCAAGCAUGCAGUGAGAGCCACUGUAUCUGUGUCACAAAGAAUGCCGGCAUUGUAAAUGUUCCUCACUCCCCAUACAUCCUACACUAUUAAGUAAGAGGUUAUACAUGUUGAACAGUGCCAGGAAAUGGGUUAUUGCACCAAGUACUAGUACUUUGGUAUGUGAGACCGGCAGUUGCCGUUCUCCAACACUGCAAUCAAUAAAACUGUUUGUUGAA